AUGGACGCGGGGCUGCUGAGUGUCAUCCUGGGCACUGUCCUAGUGUGGGUGGAGACGGCCACGCAGGACCUGAAUCUACACAAGAUUGUAGGAUUUUGGCGAGAAGUUGGUGUGGCCUCCAGCCAAAACCUGGCGCUAAAGAUCCCAAAGAGGCUGGAGGCCUUGUUCCUGACCUUGAGUGGAGAUGAGCUGACGGGGAAGGCUGCAUACGACAGCUCAGGAAGUUGUGAGACAGGAAAAAUAGUGGGCUCAGAAAUAGAUGUUUUGGGGAGAUCCUGCUUCCCAGGCCACAGGGAGACCCACGUGAUAGACACGAACUCCGAGCAGGACGCCAUUCUGAGGGUGUCCCUGCACUGGCAGGGCCAGGAUUUCCACGUGCUCAAAUACUUCACUCGGAGCCUCGAGGACGAGUACGGACCAGGCUUCUGGAGGUUCCGGGAGUUGACAACAGACAUAGGGCUGUACCUGGUGGCCCGGCAGGGAGGUGUGCCAAGCUCCUGAAGGAGGAGCUGAUCCAGAGGAUCCCCUGACCCCAGGCCAGCAUGGUCCGAGCCCCCGCCCACCUGGCCUGGCCCUGGCCCCAGGAGGUGGCUCGCACCCGCUCCGAAUAAACCCCAUGCCAAACCCA